AAUGCAAUGCCAAAAAACGUUUUCCUUUCUAUUUAUUUCGAACACUUCUUUCACAUUCUUACAUUCAUCUUCAUUCAUCUUCAUCUUCAUUCAUGGCGCCAACCAACGCCAACUCUAACCUUCUUAUCAAUCCUGAAAACGGUUAUUGUCCACAAACUAAAACUUAUCAUACUCUUAGACCAAAAGUUCCUCUUCCUCUGUCUCAAUCUCUUUCCAUCACUCAAUUUCUUCUUUCUCUCCCUCAAACUGCCGCUGCUGACGUGGCCUUUCUCAUCAACGCUUUCACCGGUGAACGCCUCACCUAUGGCCAAUUCCUCAACCAGCUUCAAUCUCUCGCCUUCAAUCUGCGAACACGCUUUUCUCUCUCCAAAGGCGACGUCGCUUUUAUUCUUUUACCUUCCUCUUUUCACGUUCCCGCACUCUACUUCUCUCUACUCUCCCUCGGCGUCAUUAUUUCGCCCGCCAAUCCGCUCGCCUCAGCUUCCGAGAUCUCUCAUCAACUCCACCUCACCAACCCUUCGAUCGCCUUCACCACCUCACACACCUCACGCAAACUCCCCUCCAACCUCCGUACAGUUCUCAUCGACUCCCCUGAUUUCAUCUCCAUGUCCACUCAAACCCAAAACGACCUCAUUGAUUUCACGGUUCCGAUUGUUAAUCAGGCUGACUCGGCCGCCAUUCUUUAUUCUUCCGGAACAUCCGGGAAAGUGAAAGGCGUGUUGUUGACUCAUCGAAACUUAAUCGCUUUGGCCGCCUCAUUCUACCAUUCGGAAUCCCAAACUGGCUCAACUGAAGCUCAAUCGUCACGUGAGGUCACGUUAUCAACAGUCCCUCUAUUUCACGUCUACGGUUUUCUUGGGUUAAUGAUGACGUUCACUGUUACUUACACUUUGGUUCUGAUGGAGAGAUUUGAUUUUGAGAAGAUGCUAAAGGCUAUUGAGAAAUAUAGAGUCAGUCACAUGGCGGUUUCGCCACCAUUAAUUGUGACAUUGACAAAAUCGGAGUUGACUAAGUCCUAUGAUCUUAGCUCGCUUCAGUUGCUCCACAGUGGCGGUGCUCCCCUUGGGAAGGAGGUCACCCUCAAGUUCAAGGAGAAAUUUCCAGAUGUGGAGCUUAUACAGGGAUAUGGUAUGACCGAGAGUGGAGGCGUGGGGGCCGGCAUGAGGGGACCUGAUGAGGCAAACAGGUAUGGUUCUGUUGGUCGUUUAUACGAAUUUUUGGAAGCGAAGAUUGUUGAUCCUGCAACUGGAGAAGCUCUGCCUCCGGAUGAGAAAGGGGAGCUAUGGUUGCGAGGUAUAACAAUUAUGAAAGUUACUAGUGCAGGUUAUGUAGGAGAUGACAAGGCAACAGCUGAAACCUUUAGUCCCGAUGGUUGGUUAAAAACUGGGGAUCUUUGUUAUUUCGACUCCCAUGGCUUCUUAUUUAUUGUUGAUAGAUUAAAGGAAUUGAUCAAAUAUAAGGCAUAUCAGGUUCCCCCAGCUGAGUUAGAACAUUUGCUUCAUUCCAAUCAUGAGAUUGCUGAUGCGGCCGUGAUUCCGUACUCUGAUGAAGAAGCAGGGCAGAUUCCCAUGGCUUUUGUGGUAAGAAGACCUGGAAGCAAUAUCACUGCAGCUCAAGUAAUGGAUUUCAUUGCAAAACAGGUAGCACCAUACAAGAAGAUAAGACGUGUUGCUUUUAUUGAUUCAAUACCAAAAUCUCCUGCUGGAAAGAUCUUGAGGAGGGAAUUGGUCACUCGUGCACUCUCUACCAACUUGUCUAAAUUGUGAUUAAUCUGCUCAAAUUAACACCAGGGGGUACUAUUUCCAUGUUGAGAAAUAUAAUAUUAUUUUUCAACAUAGGCUUGUUGCUCAUCACCUCUACAUAAGUUAUUAUUAGAGAUUAAAAAUGUUGUAAGAAGGGAGUUAAUUUGUGAUAAUGCAAUGGCAUCAUUUUGUUACUGCAUAA